AUUUGAAAGAAAUUAUAUAACGUUAUCAGCACUUUUAUAAGACGUUGCAUUAAUUUUCAAAACAAGCUCAAUAACUCAAUAACAAGAAGAUUUUCAACAACUUGGAGCAAGAAACAGUAUUUAGAUUAUUACUCGACAAACACAAAAUGUUGCUAAAUACAUUUUUAAUUCUGUGCUGUGGAACUGCUUUAAUUAAUGGUGUCUUCACUGACUAUUCAACCCAACCUACAUCAGCGGGAAUAAUUCCAUGUGAAAAAGCUGGGGAUAUUUUCACACAGUUUUUCUGUAGCCUUCCAAUUAACGCUAACAAAAUUAAACAGCAUCCAAUAUUCCAACAUUGGUACAUAAGGUGUGAUCAAGCUGGUUUUAUAUGCAUGCCAUGUCCUAACAAUUUACAUUACUCAGAACGAUGUGAUGCAUGCUACGGAGAAGUCGGUUACCUCGGUAGCUGUCCAUCGCCGCAACCAAAAGCUUCGAAUCCAUGCGAUAUUCCAACAAAUGUAUGUCCUGCAGGUUCAUGCACCAACUAUGAGAUAACCAACAACCCGAACACUAACGAAGCGUAUUGCCAGUGCAUCAAUAAUGGUAAUAUCUGUCGACCAUGUGCACAUGGAAGUCAUUACGAUGUGGCGUCGAAAUGUUGCAUCUAACAAACAUGUUAUUUAUUAUUUAUUGUUUUCACUAUCUUUUUUUAUACGCACGCUGGUCUAUACAUUUCAUAUGUAUUACAAUGUCCUUUGAAGUCUAAAUAUUUUUUUCAUUUCGGUAUUUUAAUAAGAAACAUAUUUGUUAGUGAGGGGGUGCCUCAUAAAUUAAUUGUAGCAUUUUACGGUUUUAGAAACCUGUGCUAAACAUUUAUUUUCAAGUGAUAAUAUUCUAAUGUGGGCACAUCCGCCGUUUGGUACAGAUGAAAUUUUUGCAUUUGUUUGAA